UCUGUGGGAGUCGUGUACGGGGAUCUGGGCACAUCCCCGCUGUACAUGUGGCCAUCCAUAUUCAGCAGUGCACCUUCUGAGGAAGAUGUGAUUGGAGCGCUGUCACUGGUCUUAUGGACGCUCACGCUCAUUGUUGUCAUCAAAUAUGUGGCCAUUGUGCUAAACGCCAACGAUCACGGGGAGGGCGGCACAUUUGCCAUCUACUCCCUGUUUUGUCGCUACGCCAAGAUCAACCCCAUAGGCGCUGUUGAGGCCAGUGACAAGACACUGCGCCGCUACAGCACCAGCCAGCGCCGGCUCAUGGAGAUGACCAAGGGAAUCUCACUGGCCCUGGAAAGGCAUGCAUGGCUGCGGACUUGCCUGCUCAUGCUCGUGCUGCUGGGCACAUGCGCGCUGGUCGGGGACGGCAUCCUGACACCUGCCAUCUCUGUGGUGUCGGCAGUCUCGGGGCUACAGGUGCCGGCCAGCCUCCUGGACGACUCAGGCCUGCCUAAAAUCAGUAACGGCGCCGUGGUCGGCAUAAGCUGCGCCAUAAUGGUGCUGAUAUUCGGCGGGCAGCGUUUCGGAACGUCCAAGAUCGGCUUUGCAUACGCGCCAGUGCUCUUCCUCUGGUUUCUUUCCAACGCAGCCGUGGGACUUUACAACAUCGCCACCGCCUACCCGGCCAUUUUGAAGGCAUUCGCACUUGCUUGCUCCCCGCACUACAUCUUCACCUAUUUCAUCCGCAAUGGCCUCACCGGCUGGGAGAGCCUUGGUGGCAUUGUUCUGGCGAUCACAGAUAUGCUCCGCCUCCUGCUUCAACAGUACCUGGGCCAUUUCAGCAAAGGGACCAUCCGGCUGAGCGCAUUGGGAGUGGUGUACCCCUCGCUCUUAGUAAUCUACCUGGGGCAGGCCGCCUACCUAGUGGCCCACCCCGACUCCUACAGCUCCCUUUACUACAGCGCGCAGCCGACAGCUGUCUACUGGCCCAUGUUUGUCAUCGCCAUCCUGGCAUCCAUCGUAGCCUCCCAAUCCAUCGUCACGGGCACCUUUUCGAUAAUCUCACAGUCCAUGACGCUUGAUUGCUUCCCCCGGGUUCGCAUUGUGCACACAUCAGCCAAAGUCAAGGGCCAGAUCUACAUCCCAGAAAUCAAUUGGAUCCUGCUCACCAUCGGCAUUGCUCUGAUUCUGGGCUUCACGCUGACUCAGCCUGCCAGCUCACCCGUCAACACCGCCCAAUUAGGCAAUGCCUUUGGCGUGGCUGUGCUGAGUGUGAUGCUGGUCACGACAGUGCUGGUAUCUCUUGUGAUGCUGGUGGUGUGGGAGAAGCCGCUGGCCCUCGUGCUGCCCUUCUUCCUCUUCUUCUUCAUCUUCGAGGGCGUCUACUUCACAGCCAACAUCCGCAAGGCACCGCAGGUGCCGACGGGCGCCUGGUUCCCUCUAGCGCUGGCGGCUGUGGUCAUGGCCAUCAGCUGCACGUGGCACUGGGCAUUGAAUUUGAAAUACCCUAAAACUAAAAAUUCGAAUCGGCACGCGCAGGUUUUGUCGACCGGGGUGACGGUGCCCCGCCAGCCGGGCGUGGCAGUGUAUUACAGCGACAGCCUCCGAGGCCUGCCGCCCAUUUUUGAGCAGCUUCUGAGCACCGCGCCCGUCCUGCACAAGCUCAUAAUCUUCCUGCACAUUCGCCAGGCG